AUGAGGCUUCUCUUCUGGUUCCUUCUGGCCGUGGUCUUGAGCCUGGAACUAGCUAUAACACAGGGCAUGCAGUGUCACAUCUGCAAGGGGUUUGGAGGAUGUUCCCACCCGUCCAGAUGCCCAAGGAGCUCCACCCACUGCGUCAUCAUCGGCACCCGAGCUCCCAUCAGCUUUACAGACUUGCCUCUGGUGACGAAGAUGUGCUACAGCGGCUGCCCUGAUGUUGCCAGCUUGGGCUUGGGUCCUCACGUAUCCAUUGUUUGCUGCCAGUCGAAUCUCUGCAACAGGGACUGACCACACUCUCACUGCCAGCUGGCCCCACGGAACCAUGCCCAGGCCUGGUCCUUGGUGAUCAUUCCAGCCUGGCCAGCCCAAAGCCUCCCCCCCACCCCAACUCAGACUUCCUCAGGAAGUUCUGAGUGAAA